GGCAGCAGUUUGACACGGAGCCGAGCGGCCGGAGUUUUUGCGCGCGCUAAUGAAAGUAGCGGAAAAAAAGUCGCUUCCUGAUUCGCCUUUGAUCUUCGGGAACAAAGCGUCCGCGCGCUUUCAUGUUUUUUUUCUUUUCCGAUCACCACUUUGAUCAGGGGUUUUAAUCACCGGAUGAAGCAGCGCGCGACUUGAGGACCAGGGAUCCGGGUUCAGAGGACGCCGUUGAACAGAAACUCGCAGGAAGCAUGUGAACCCCGAGACUGUGCGUUUUUUUGGGUUUUGUUUAUUUUGUUUUUGGGUUUUGGGUUUUUGGUGAUCUCGCACUGAGGUUCUACUAUGAUUCCUCCUGCUAACAUGACGCAGGACGACAGCGACGGGAACGAAAAGGAGAAGGAGAUCGAGAAGGAGAAGGAGAUGGAGAAGGAGAAGGAGCGCGCGCCGGAGCAUAGCGAGCCGCCCCAAUCUCCGACCUCCACGAACCAGCACGAGUCCAAGCUGCAGAAGCUGAAGCGCUCGCUUUCCUUCAGGACCAAGAGUCUCCGCAGCAAAAGUGCCGACAACUUCUUCCAGCGUCCGAGCCCCGAGGUCAGCAACAGCAGCAGCACAGGACAGCUCAGUACCAUUGGGGUGUCGGUGUCGGCUCCGCCUGAGUCCUGUUACCUCCCGCCCCUGACCCCGCCUCCCACGAUGCCGUCUGGACUUCCCCUGACCAUCUGCUCGCCGUCGCGUGCGCCGCGUCCGCCCGACCCCACGGCGCACACCUUCCUGGAGCACACGUUCAAGAAGCCGCACUUCUGCGACGUCUGCAACCAUAUGAUUGUAGGCCCCAAUGCCAAGCUGGGACUCCGCUGCAAAGCCUGUAAAAUGGGCAUCCAUCACAAGUGCCUGAACAGGGUGGGGCAACAGAGGUGCAUGGGCAAACUGCCUAAAGGCUUCAGGAGGUACUCCAGUUCCCCGCUGCUGAUCCAGGAGCAGUUUGGUUGCAUUAAAGAGGUCAUGCCCAUCGCAUGUGGCAGUAAGGUGGACCCGGUGUAUGAGGCGCUACGCUUCGGGACGUCUCUCGCGCAGAAGACUAAGAGGCCCAGCGGCUCAGACUCACCUCCUAGAAACUCGUCCAGUGACCUUGCUCAGGUUCCUGAAGAAGCAGCCCACUGCAGUCAUGCACAACUCAUCAGGAAACACAGCGACGAUGUCUUCACGUCUCUAGAGAACGGGACGGAAACCUUCCACAUAGAAGAGAAGAAGCCCGAGGACCCGCAGACUGAUGAAGAUGAAGACCUGCAGAAGGACCUCUUGCCGCUGAACACAUACGUGGCUUUGUACAGAUUCAUUCCACAAGAAAGUCAGGACCUAGAGAUGAGACCUGGAGAUCGGAUCAUCCUUGCAGACAACUCAAAUGAAGAUUGGUGGAAGGGCAUGAUCGAGGACAGGAUAGGUUUUUUCCCAGCAUCCUAUGCUCACUUGGUGAGGGAAGGCGAUCGGGUGUUCAGGUGUAACCGUACGUUUAUCGGCUGUAAGGAGCAGGGACAGAUCACCAUAAAGGAGGGACAGAUUUGUGUAAGCGCUGAGGACGAGAGAAACGGCUUCAUCCAAGUCGCCAGUGGAAAGAAACAAGGCUUCGUCCCCUGCGACGUUCUGGAGGACAUCUGAAAAACAGCAAGUGAGAGACACCAAUGGGAAAGACAGAAAGAGAAAGUGAGAGAUGAGCAGGACAGGAAAGAAGACGCUCUUUCAGGAAACAUGAAGCUGAGCCUUUCCAGUUGGGAUCUUCAGGGUUUCUUCUUCAUCUCUGGACAGGACGUGGAUGAAUGUAGAGACUUCACAGAAUCACUUUCUUGGGAUUAAGAGAUUUAAAAUGUAAUAGUUCGAAGGAAACGAUUACACAAUGCACCAAGGCUAACCUAAAGAAAACGUGCUCAAAACUAAGUACACCCUGGAGUCGAAAAGAUCAGACAACCAGAUCAUUAAAUGCUGUUUGUGUAAUACAUUUAUUUUGAACCAUUUCUCUCUAUUUUUUAUUUUAUGUGCUAUUAAAAUGAGCAAAAAACGCAAAAACACUCGUGACUGAUCGAUCUGCCUGACAGGACGCAUCGGGCGUAACACAGAUUUGUCAAGUGGGUUUUUCCAAAAAACGAGGACUUGACGGCGAACAAAGACAAAAAAAAACUUCAUUCUCAACAACAAAAGACACAAAACAUCGUUUUUUGACAGAAAACCCUCAAAAAAUGUCUCCGGGGGAUUUCGAAAUGACGCUUGUAAUGGAGGAGUUCUGUGCUUUGCACUGCCUUUACUCCGUUUGAAUAGUAAUUGUAGAUCAUGCUAAUAAUAAUGAUUAUAAUAAUAAUAAUAAAAAUAAUAAUAAUAAUAAUAAAUGACUUUCAGAUUAGAAACCAAAAUCAGCCCAUUAUUUAUUAUGCUUUAUUUAAAAAUUAUAUAUUUUUUAAAUGAGUGUUGCUCCAACUAUUACUCAUACAACUUUAUAUACAAUAUGUAAUCGUUUUACAAAUUUUCAUAAUUAAUGCUUCUUCUAGGACAUAAAUCUGCAAAAAAAAAAAAAAUGUACACAAGGAAUAUUUCAGCCAAAAGUGUGUGUGUGUGUGUGUGUGUGUGUGUGUGUGUGUGUGUGUGUGUGUGUGUAUUUAAGCAACUAUUUUAUUAUAUGUUCUCAAUGGACAAUACUAUAGAAAUAAAACCUGGAUAUAUUUUAGCCAAUGUAGUUUGUAGCAGUCCAGAUUUACUGUCCUCUAGAAAAUAACUCAACUCACAGUCUUUGUCUUAAUAACUGGCAACAAAAGUGAGUACACCCUCAGUGAACAUGUCAAAACUGUGACCAAAGUGUCCGUGUUGUGUGUGAGCACAUCGUUAUCCAGCACUGCUUUAAUCCUCCUGGGUAUGGAAUUCACCAGAGGUGCACAGGUUGUUGCUGGGAUCCUCUUCCACUCCUCUAUAAUCAUAGAGCUGCUGGAUGUUCCACACAUGAUGCUUCUCCACCUCAUCUUGAGGCCCACAGGUGCUUAAUAGGGUUCAUGGAUGGAGACAUUCUUGACCACUCCAUCACCUGUAGCUUCCUCUUGGCGGUGUGUUUAGAGUCAUUAUUAUUUUGGAAAACUGCUGUUUGGCCCAGUUUCUAAAGAAAGGGCUUCAUGAUCUGUAUCAGAAUUUCAUAGUACAUAUUGGAAUCCAUGUUUCCCUCGAUGAACCACAGUUUCCCAGUACCAGCAGCACGUAUGCAGCCCCAGACCAUGAUGCUGCCACCACCAUGCUUGACUGUAGGCAAGACACAAUUUUCUUGGUACCCCUUUCUUGGUUGCCACACAUGCUGGACACCACCUGAGAGUAUCUUAGUCUCAAUAGACCACAGGACAUAGUUCCAGUAAAUAAUGCUCUUGGACAGCUCAUCUUUAGCAGACUGUUUGAAGGCUUUCUUGUGAGCAGCUUCAGAAGAGGCUUCUUCUAUACAAGCUGACUAAUCUAAAAUAUGUCCAAGUUUCAUUUCUAUAGUAUUGUCUCUUGGGAAGACAUAAUAAAAUGGUUGCUGAAAUGUGAGGGGUGCAUUUACUUUCGUAAGAUACUAUAUCAUAUAUAUAGAUCAGGUUUGUUGUCCAUUUUUAUUACACAUUUAAACAAAUCAGACUUAUUUUAUAUUAUAUGUUCUCCACACAUCUCCACAUAAUGUUGUGGAACAUCUUCCUAGAAGAGUAGAGGUCAUUUAAAUAGCAAAGGGCGACUAAAUGUGGAAUGUUCAAAAAGAAGCACAUACCAAUAUUAUAGUCAGGUGUCCACAAACAUUUGGCUCUAUAGUGUAAAUAUUGCAAGUAUAGUAUAAUACAGUAUUAUCUGGCAACCUGCUUGAUGAAAUGUAGUGCAGUACGGAGUUGCAUUGUGAGUUUACUCAGUGGCCAAUCAAAUUGUAUUUCCGCCCAUGAUGCUGUUUAACUCCGCCCACAAAUCAAUAUGUUUGUACAGGAAAACCUGGUUGAAUUUUCUGGUUUACACCAAACAUAUAAUACUAUUAGUAUGAGAGAGAAAUCAGGGCGUGUGUGCAGAAAAUAAGGAUUGGGGAGUUGUGGAAUUGAUGAUGUUUGAUGAUUCGCAUGAAACCCAAAGGCCGUGAAAUAAAAUGAGGAGUAAUAAAGCAAACUAACACCUGAACAUUCGCUAGAAAUUGAGCCAUGACACGUGUAUUUACCUGCAUUUGUAGUCACCCAAGUGCUCGUGAUGGGAGUUGAGCUGUAUUGGCCACAACCAUGACAUUAAUGCUAGCUAAAUCCCACGCAUGUAAUCAUGCUAACAUCCAAACUGCACUGGGAGACACAGAGCAUAAAAACCUCAUGAGAACUCAUUGCCCUGUGUGUAGUGGAAGCCGUCUGAGGCGAAUUUCACACGUUUAUAGUGUUAGUGCAAGUUUCCGGGUGUGAAAUGGCUAAAUGGGAAACACUACAGUGUCAUGCUACAGUGCUAACACAGGGAGACCCGGAGCUUGACGCUCACUCUGGUGAUUACAGUGAUGUAGCAUGAAGACUAACACGAUUCUUAAUAUGGAAAAUGUAAUCAUACGCUUUCAGAAGGCAAACUAACACAUCUAAUCCAGCUAAUAUUUGUGGAGAUUACAGUGAAUGGAACGAUACAGUGGAAGGCCAUCGGGGUCAGCAAGGCAUCUUCUGCUUGCUUAAACUCUAACGGAAUCACUGACUUACAUUUUAAUGUAUACAUGAAUACGUAAAUUAUUCUUCAUUCCAUAGCGUUUCUCUAAGUGUAAGUUUGGGUUAGUUUCUAUCCAACCAGAUUUGAGUCAUAACAUUGAUCGGACGGUCAGAGAGCGCACUAGUCAGAGCUCACAACCUAGUUCUGUAGCAAACUGCACAAGCUCAAAUAUAUUCCUAUGGAUGUAAUAGCUGUUGGUUCAUUCCACAACGAAUGAAGGAGGAGAAUAAACCGAUUCGGUCGCAUAUACGAAACAGGUUUUUUAUUAACCAUUUAUACUUUACAGUAGAAUUUGCACAAAAAGACACAAUUUGCCUUCAUUUCAAAUCCCCAGGAAAAGCAGGUGCUUCUGUUAGAGAUGAUGUAUGUUGGCAGUGCAGUUGUGGCUCCAGUGAAAGAAGACGUGUUAAAUCACGUUCAGUGGGUUUCUUGCUUUAGUAAUGACAUUCAUUCUCUUAUGAGAUUCCUGUCUGUGAUGCUGCGCUCCGUUAUACUGGGUUUCUCUAUAAUACUGGUGGUUUCUACAGCCGUGGUUUUAUAAUGAUGGAAUUAAGAGUUGGAUCGAUUCAGGCAGGACACCACUGAAGGUCUGGGCAUGAAAUGUACUGUCCAACACUGCAAUAAUAUGAAUUUAAAAUUUUUAUGUUGUUCUGCACCAUCAAGACACCUUCAGUGUGAGCAUACUUUUAACUCUCUUUCUCUUUUUCUGAAUAUGUGUGUGUGUGUGUGUGUGUGUGUGUGAGAUUCUUUCGGCUGAAUUAUUCCAGUGUACACCACUACUCCGCUGUUUUCUGAUCAUAAAGACGUAAUCGACCUUUUCCUGUACAUAUUUGAUGCUUAAAAUUAAAGUUUAUUUAUUGAUCUCA